AACUAUAGAACCAGGGCUCGUGCGACUGUAAGGACUCAGAAGAAAGCGACGCUGUUAGUAAUACGUGUGUUUGGUGUGAUUCUAAUCAUAAAGCUACGUUUAAAGAGCCUCGUAUUGUCCUGUUGGAAUACACAUUGUUUCUAAACGUUUGGACUCCAAGAUGCUGAAAGUGUCCUUUGCGUUGUUUUUAUUGGCCGCUGCUGCCUUCGCCGAGUCGGUAAGGGAGACAGAAACAUGGAUGCCUCCAAAGGCUGGGCAAUCAAACGAUGACAUGGAUUCAUCUGGUGAUUUCAUUUUUCCUAAUGAGGACAGCACAACAGUUGAUGAUGAGGAUGAUGACAAUUACCCAGACUUGGAUGACAUAUCAGGCUCUGGUGAUGACACAUCAUUAGUUGAUGAAGACCUAGAUAUAAUCAGGACUGAAGAUGGUGAUAACCACAUCCCAGACAUGGAGCCUCCAGUUCAGCCGCAGCCAACAGCUAAUGACAUCAAGCUGGUGAGACAGAAUGAAGUUGGUCACCCUCCCAGUGUCCAGUUGUCACAUGCAGGAGAACAGAACAUCUUUAACAAGACAGAAGUGCUGGCCGCUGUCAUUGCUGGUGGUGCUGUUGGGUUGCUUUUUGCUGUGCUUCUCAUCCUCCUCCUCAUCUACCGCAUGAAGAAAAAAGAUGAAGGCAGCUAUGAUUUGGGCAAGAAACCCAUUUACAAGAAAGCUCCCACCACCGAGAUCUUUGCAUGAACACAAAAGUUCUUGAACUAACUCAAAUACGAACUUUGGACUUUCAACUCACCCAGUGCCUCUGGUGUACAGCCAGGCUUCAAUUCUCUGUCCAAGCAGAGAAACCUCAAACUAGCAUCUCAAAUGAAACCAUGAUUACUCUGACUGUAUAGCUGAAUUAAAUUUAUCAGGAGAGAAGAUGCUCAGUUGCAACCUGCACUGUAUAAGUCCUGACAUUCUACUUUUUCUGUCUGUUUUUCCAUUGUUUUGCUUAAAGUAAACAGUCAUUGCGUUCCUUUUCUUAACUUCCCUGAUUAGUAACACUAAAAGUUGCAAAUGGGACCCUUUGCAGGUAAACAAUAUGGAUUCAAAGUCUGUACAAAACUUUGAAACUGUCAAAACUGACUAUUUUCACACAGCUGUGUCAUUUACCAGAACUACAAGCUGCUGUGUGAAAUGUUACUGUAGCUUUUUCUUUUUUUAAACUGUGCUGAUUAAUUUUUGUUCAUUCUUAGUGCAAAGCAAUAUAAAUUAACAAAACAUGCUGUUUAUCAUUGUUAAAUGACCUCCUUAAUUUUAACACUGCAAAUAAGGUGUUUUACAUUCCAUAUGUCUAUAUUGUAUUAAUUAUAAAUGAUCAAGUUUCAGCCCAAAAUAAUUAAGUAGCCCAGUCAUUGAGUUUAGCUGCUCCUCUUGCUAUUAUUUGACAGGUACUCAUAUAUUUGCAGUAGAAAGAUCUUUGCAAACACUUUUUUCCCCUCAUUUCUAGGGGUCUGUAAAUAGCCAUUUGAAUAAUGUAGGUUAAAAAUGUACACCAUGGUACGUGGCCAUUUUUGGCUAACUAUCCAAUUACCAAAUAUUUAAAUGCCAAAAUAACUCUUCUUGGUUUGUCCCGGUAUUGAGUAUGCAUAUUAAAGAUGGAGUGAGUGUCUCUUUAUUGUUUUUAUAGUGCUUUUUUUUACCAGUGAAAUUUUUAUUCUAAAAUUGGUGACCAAUGCUUAUACUAACUUUUGUUUCUCAGUGUUUUUAUAGUUCACUUUUUCCUCUCUUUUCAGUGUUUCAUAGAAUACUUCUUUUAUUAUUAUUAUUAUUAUUAUUAUUAUUAUUAUUAUUAUGUUAAUUUAAAUUUUGAAUAGACUAUUUUAUUGCCUUCCUUCAGGUUGGGUUUUUUUCCUCGAAUAAGCUGUACAUGUGAUUUAGAAAUUUAGAAAAGAGAAAUCUAUACACUAGUGGAAGUUUUUUGGAAGAGUUUUGAAGCAUUUUUAUAUUGUAAGAGUUUUUAUUACUUCUAGACCUUUUUUAAGUGAUAUCUAUUUAUAUUUUGUAGAAGGAUACACAUACUAGUUCUAAGGUGAAUAAAUAAUCCAUGUUAUUUGCAUGGGGUGAAUAUAAGAAAAUUUGCUGCUUUUUUAUUAUUUUUAAAUGUUUUUUUUUUUCCCCCUCAAAAUCAUGAUGUGAAAGCAUCAAGAAAUCAGUGGAUUGUUGGUUUCGGUAUGCAGGUUCUAAUCUUAUCAGAAAUAAAGCUAUUUUUGUGCACAUUACAGAA